AUGCUUUUGGGGCUAACUGUCUGUGCUUUGUGUUCUCUGACUGACCUUUUUUAUUACCUCUCUCUCAUAGUUGGCCUGGUGUAUAGUGCUGAAUAUCUAAAUGAGCUGGCGGCAAUGAACUGGAGAUCCUUUUCUAAUUUCCAGUACUUUGAUUCCACGGGCAUGUUUAUAUCUUUGGUCUACUCUAUUCCUCUUCUGCUGAAUGCGGUCAUCAUUGUGAUGGUGUGGGUGCACAGGACCUUUUCCACAAUGACUGAGCUAAAGACACUCCAGCUCAAGCGAAAGGCUCGCCGAGAGAAGAGAGAAAAGAAUGACUGAUCCCUCUUAUUAUGUCCAAAAAUGGGCUACAUCGGGAGGAAAAAUAAUCUGUGUCUCUGCAAUGCUAAUCCUGACUUUUGGCAGAUUCCUUCUUGUGACUGUACAAAAGAUGGUUUGUUGAUGUCAGUCAGGACUGGGUGUCUGGUUUUUGGUAGCGGCUUUUGAAAAAUGCCGCUGACUGUACUGUAAACUAAGAGAUAAAUGAGGACCAAAGGACAUUUACUGUUUUGUAUUUAACGUUGUUUUAAAGUGUGUUAAACUACACAAUGAAACAAAGCAGCGCUUUAGAUUUAAGGCUGCAGAAGGGCGUUGUAUGGAUCACGGAGAAGAAAAGAAAUAAUCAUUUGUCAAGAACCUUUGUACUAUAUGGUGUUAUGAUGUUGUCAUCGGCAUAAAUCUAUGACUGAUCAUUAUCAAUCCAUUGAUUUAGGAGUAGGGAAUUAAAUUUCGACAA